GGGAGAGAGCGGAAGAAGCAUCAAUUCAUCGUUCUCUCUCAGUCUUUAAAAACCCUAGAUUCUCCACCAUUAGGGUUAGUUAGUUCAUUUUACUGAGCGAUGGCGACUGCCGGAACUGCGACGGCGAAGAGAAAGCCGGUGUUUGUGAAAGUAGAACAGCUGAAGCCUGGGACGACCGGUCACACGUUGACUGUUAAGGUCGUUGAUUCCAACCCGGUGGUUCCGACAACCCGGAAGGCUCGUCCCGGGAGCUCUAUGAGUCGUCCGUCUCAGCCUAGUCGAAUCGCUGAGUGUCUCAUCGGAGAUGAGACUGGGUGUAUUCUCUUCACUGCUCGUAACGAUCAAGUUGAUAUCAUGAAGCCUGGAGAAACGGUGAUACUGCGCAACUCGAGGAUUGACAUGUUCAAGGGUACAAUGAGGCUAGGGGUUGAUAAAUGGGGACGUAUCGAAGCCACUGAGCCUGCAUCUUUCACUGUCAAGGAGGAUAACAAUCUGUCUCUCGUUGAGUACGAACUGAUUAACGUUAAUGACCAGUGAUCUUCUUUAGUGUGUGUUUGGGAAGUUAGAGGGUUAUGAUUCUUCUCUUUCAUUUACAUGAUGAAUGACUUGUCCAGAGAUGCUUGCUUGUAGGAAUGUUUUCCUUUUUUUUACCCUAAACUUCAAGUGAAGAUCUCGUUUUAUCUUUCUUAUUAGUGUUCAUUUUUCAAACUCUGA